AUGCCACCCCGAACUCCCUCCAAGCGCAAGGCUGCGCACCCUCCUCCGGAGGAUUCCUCGUCCGAGGAGCCUGAGGUUUCUGAGAGUGAGUCUGAGGAGACUGACAAUGAUCCCGCUAUCGGAACGCCAUCAGGAAGCCAUGCAUCCACUGUUGCUGAUACUCCGACUCGCAAUGCAACUGCGGCUCGGAGUACUGCGGCUCUCCGCAACCUGCGUCGUGCCCAGCGGGUUCCCCGUCCCCUUCGUCCGGAACCAUACUUGCGUCAUUCGGGAUGGUGCAUGCACUGCUUCCGCACCUUUGUAGACAAUUGGGAUCCUAGUGGACCACCAGUGAUUCCCUGUCUUGACGAUGGAAUGUCGUCUAAGAAAUGCAAGCAAUGCGCCAGUCGUGGUAAGAAUUGCGAGCCUAUGAGUUACGUCAACGAGGGUAUUCUUGGAGAUGCCCUGCGUCUGCAAUGCAUUCUUGACUGGGUGAAGCCCUUCUGGGAGGGUGGAAUUGAGGACUUCCACGAGUUGGAGGAUGCGGCCAAGGAGAAGUUGGGUCCCGCGGUUCGGGAUUUGGUCGUUGGCUUUAAGGUUUUGCUCGACGGUCACCGCAAGCAAUUCAAGAUUGCAACUGACAAGAAGGUCGAAAAGGUGAGCGUUCCUCUGGUGUUUUGCUGGUGCCUUUCUGACGUGUUCGCAGGAUGUUGCCGCAAUUUAUGA